AUGCCGUCAUUUUCCAUGCCGCGGGGCUCAUGGCUGCUGCUGAUCGCAGUUUGCUUGAUUCUCCUUCCCGGCAAAGCUGAGGCUUUUGGUGCUGGAAAUAUCCCCUCAAUUGCUCAGGUCGAAGGACACAACUGGCGUCAUGGAGACAUUGAGGAUAUGCUCGAGACCAUCGCGUUUCUUCACGGGAAGAAAUGGACUUCUAUGCUGAUCAAACGUGUAUACUUCGGAAACUGGCUACGCGACUACUCCCAAGCCGUUGACGUUGGAAGUUUAAAGGGCGUCAAUGCCGAGACAAUCCGCAUUCUGGUUUGGGUCCUUUCUUUCAUGGCCCACGGCUACGCCACUGGUGAAUUCGAGGUCACUGCAGACAGACUCGGUGUCUAUCGCCCAGAAGAACAUAUCGACAACCCCCUCGGUUACGGAGAUGGAGUCGAUGCACGCACUUUCGACAAACGAUUGCGAGGUCCAGUCGAGCCGAUAGAAACCGAAAUAGACCCUCGGACAGGCAUGAAAAACUAUAUCGCGAACGAGAACGGUCACUGGGCAACAAGCGCAGCCUAUCUGCGAUAUAGUCUUGCUCGAAGCAUUCACUAUGGUCGACUUUACACAAGCGGCUCUAGUAAGGGUAACGAGGACGACCUUUGCGAAGCCUUGAGAUGCCUUGGACAGGCACUGCACACCUUGGAAGAUUUCAGUGCCCACAGCAACUACUGCGAGCUUGCCCUCCGUGAGCUUGGAUACCACUCCGUCUUCCCUCACUGUGGUUCACACACCGAGAUUCAUCUUCACGGCAAACGAGUAUACCCCCUUGUUACUGGUACUUUUGGAGCCGUUGAUUUCUUGCAUUCCGUUAUCGGAGAAGCCUCCGACCACUUCACUCAGUCUGAAGUCGACGAAGUUGACGUUGCCCUCAAGAACGCCGAGGGAGGUACUGCUAACCGCUCCAGUGGCGGUGGUGGCGGAUCCUCUCUUCUUGGAGGCUUCCUUGGAAUCAAGUCUACCCCUAGUGACUUUAUCGGUUUGGUGUCUAAACUGCCUGGUAUUGGUGAUGGAUUCGCCUCGCAGGCUCGAGACCUCAAGGCCAGCUCUGAAGCUCAAGAGCAGCGUAACAGAAGCUACCAACAAAGCCGAGGUGACCUGACUCGUGACAACGCAAACCAAGUCCCCGGUAUGAGCGCCGACUUCGACCCGGUUGAGACCGCCCGCAAAAUCUACCCUAUUCUCGAGUUCCGUGACAAGAUCGUCAAGGCUAUCAGCCGUGGUAUUGCCAAGGUACCUGGCCUGGAGAAGCUUCUCGAGAAGAUCAGUGAGACACUUACUGCUUUUAUUCUCGGCCUUCUUGCUCCCUUUAUCCGACCUAUCAUUCAGCAGGUGUCAAAGGUUCUCAAGGAUGGUUCGUCAAGUGUCAUCACUGCCAGUGCCAAGUCCCAGUAUGAGCCUUGGGAUAACCCUUCGUGCUCCGACCCCACCCACUCAAUGCUGUCCAAGGAUCACUUUACAAACAUCCUUAACUCAUGUGCCGGCCGCAUAGCUGCCACAAUCUUGCAAUACACUGUCCCUCGUGUCCUAUAUGCAUGGGAAAACACUGGUGUUUCUGUGGAUGAAGUUGUCAACGAUGUGCUCCGUGCAUUCCACCAUCCCGCUGCCCGUGACGACUCCAUCGAGAUUCACCGGGAUAUGUUCAAGACUAUGAAGAAUUGGGCCGACGAGCACCCUCGUCGCCACGAGCUUGCCCACCUUCUCUCUUCCGAGUCCGUCAGGAACCACAAGAACCACAUACUUAACCAAGUCCAAGGCUCCAACUCCCGUAGCAUUGGUGGCGGCGGUUGCAACCACGGUACAUUCGGGGAUAUGUCUAAUGCGGGACACGGCAAGGUUGCAGGUUCUUUGUGGUCGCAAGUCAAGACUCGCGAUCUUGAUUCUAUGGAGGGUAAAGAUGGCAACCCGGCUGCGGGAUACAUGUCGAACUCGCCUGCGCCACCUAGCCAGUCUUCAUUCGACUAUGGCAAGAACCCUUCCAGCUAUGCAGGAUCCAACUCUGGAUACUCGCAGCAAGGUGGUUACAACGCUCCUCCACCACAACCCUCAUACGGCGCCGGCUAUGGCGCACCUCCUCCCCAGUCUUACUACGGAGCUCCUCCCCCAGGGCAAUACGGAGCACCUCCUCCAGGACAGUAUGGAGCUCCCCAAUAUGGAGCACCUCCUCCUCAACAGUACGGAGGCCCAGGCUACGGCGCGCCUCCUGGCCAACAUCCUCCAUACGGUCAGCCGGGUUAUGGUGCACCUCCCCCUAAUCAACAGCCUCCUCCUGGCUGGGGACAGUACCCUGGCUCACGCCAUGGCUACUAG